AUGCAGUCGCGACCGGGAUCUCCUGGGGCAAACGCCCGAUCUCCCUCGCCGGAUCAGCAGUCAACGUCCAACUAUCCCUUGCAGGAGAUCGGGUCGCACUACAAGGACGAGGCACGCGACAGCGAUGAACUGAGCCUGGACCUAGAAUUGGGCGACGUGCCACUUCUGCCCUCGGAACGGCACGGCAUGGAAGCCCCUGAGGCUCAAGAGAAGUUGACGCGCGAUCCGCCGUUCUCUUGUACGCCCUCGGGAUUCUGCGCAUGGCUGCGGGGGCCGAAGCCGCCGCAUGUCUAUCACAUUAACCCUUGGUUCCCUCGUUUACAGGCUGCGCCGGCGCGUCUGAUUGAUCGGAAGUUUCCACGCAGGAGUUCGAAAAUUGCCCUGCUUUUUGGCGGUCUGAUUUUUUGGAUUGUGGUCUUUUUUGCAUGGUUGAAGGCUUCUGUUGCGGGUCAAGAUAUUCCGGGGUAUGGGCAGCCUGUCAAGCUGUCGUGUCACAAUAGCUUAUGGACCAAUGCGACGAACUGUGGAUUGAAUGGCGAUCUUUGUCGCCCAUUUGAGGACCAAUCCUUUGCAUUCCGCUGCCCCUCUGGCUGCGCGGCGGCGAUCCUGCUGGAGCCAUACGUUAUUGGUGAUCAGGAGCUCAAUUACCGACCGCUAGUUGUCGGCGGUAAACCGUUCAAGAUAGAUGGUCGAAAUAGCGGCCUUUACCGCGGCGAUUCGUCGAUUUGCGCCUCCGCCUUGCAUGCUGGUCUAAUUGAUGAUGCCACAGGCGGAUGUGGUAUCUUGCACCGCACCGGGGAGCAGGAGAACUUCCAUUCCAUUGAACAGCAUGGAAUCGAAAGUAUAGAAUUCCUCUCGAGCUUCCCGACGUCGUUCCGACUCACCAAGGAUGCCUCAUCCCCAGACUCGGAUGAGACAAAGUCGGUCGAGUGUUCUGAUGUACGCUGGUCGCUAUUCGCCUUCACACUGAUCUAUACUACUUUCCUUUCAUUGGUUGUGACAUCAGCUCCGGCAUUUUACAGCAUGAUAUACUUCAUAGUCUGGUUCCAAGUCGCCAUGGCAUCCGAUCCGCCCAUGGGGAGCUACUAUGAUCUCGUCUCAAUUGGGCUCGGCCGCUUCCUUCCCGGCGCAUUUGUUGGAUUCGUGUUGUAUUACUUCUGCGUCCGGCAUACCCUAAACAAUCUGGAUGCGCACUGGGACAAAACCGUCCUGUGGCUGGGCGGGUGCUGGGUCGGCGCCCUGAACACAGACACAUUCGAUCGCAUUCCGAUCUCUCGUCUCACCCCCCACGAUAUUCAACAGCAACCAGGUGCCGUGACAGCUCUGAUCAUCAUAGUCUCAUCCCUCAUUGCCAUUGCAUUUGGUCAAGCACACUGUUUCCGUCGCGAGGGUCGCUUCUUUCCUACGAUAAGCAUCUACGGCGGCCUUGUUGCAAUUGUUCUCAUUCUCGUCGCCGUUCCGAACAUGAACCUACGCAUCCACCACUACAUUCUCUCCCUUCUCUUCCUGCCGGGAACAACCUUGCAAACGCGACCCAGUCUUCUAUACUCAGGUAUCCUUAUUGGUCUUUUCAUAAACGGCAUCGCCCGCUGGGGCUUUGAUUCUAUCCUUCAAACACCAGGAGCGCUCCUUGAUGGUGCCAAACUUGGUACCAUCCCUCCAAAGAUUUAUCCCCCCUCUUUGACAGAUGCGAACAACCUUGUCUUCUCGUUCCCGGAUCUCGAGUCCCAUGCCGACGGCCUGAGUGUUUUGGUAAAUGACGUUAUGCGCUUCCAGGCCUUCCGGCCUAAAGAUGGCGAGCAUCUACCGGACUUCACUUGGUCCCGUACUUAUCCUAAUGAGGUGGAGUAUUUCCGUUUCGGCCUCGUACAUACUAAUGCCUUGGGUGGCCUUUGGUACGAAGACUUCUCCACUCCUGCCGUUUGGGGCAAUGAUGGCAACUUCGUUUUCCAUGAUCCUGAGAUACCUACUCCCGAGGAUUCUGAAUCAGAAUCCGAAUAG